AUGCGCAAGCAAGGCCGCCGAGAGCGCGUCUGCACGUCUCUGUGCGGACGCCGAAGCAGAAACAACAGCACUGAUGUCUCAUCGGCUGCUGAAGCGACUCAGACUGUGUCACCUGGUGAUGCAGGCGCUCAUCAUGAAGACACUCAUGUCUUCACAGAGUGUGAGCUCGGUGUCUCAUACUCUCCUGAUACGGAAGACGGAUCCGUAUCGACGGCGAUUGAAUCUAAGCCGCCUGCCAAGCGUGGCAUGGACGAUGCUUUGCGUCGCAGCAUCUUUGGUUCAUCUGAUGAGUCAGAUGAACCAUCGCCGAAGCGAAGGCGCUCGAGGUCGCGAGACUCGGGCGCUAACAGUGGUGUCGGUUCUCAUAUUGACGCCACUUCGCAACGAGGUGCCAGUACUUCUGUCGGCACAUCGCUGGAAGAGCGGAAUCGCAAUGUCUUGCGUCUCGCUCCCGAGAAGAAGGCAUGGAUGCCUCCAAAAUCUGUCAUGGAUCGCUUUUCGACGACGACAAGUGAUCGUUAUCGAUCACGAUUGUUCGAUUCGUCAAGGAUCCAUCACCUUGACCCCAGCGCGAAAAACUAUCGCGCUGAAAACUAG